ACUUAGGCAACCGCUACGUCGUCGGCAAGCCAUUUAUGGAGCUUGCCGGGAGAGCUCUGGCAAGAGUUCACUGAAUCGCCACGCUCUUGGUUAUACUGAUCCGAAGGCAGGGUCAGCCUACGGCCAGCUGAAAACAUGAAGCUCACCGUCGGCGCCUCCGAGAGCGCCAUGAGCUCGCUCCUGGGCAAGAUCGGCAGCCUCCUUGCCAAGGAGUACACGCUCAUCAGCGGCGUCCGCAGCGAGAUCCAGUACAUGAACGACGAGCUCGCCAGCAUGCACGCCUUCCUCCGCAAGAUCGGGCGCGCCGCCUCCGCCGGAGCCACCCACGACGAGCAGACCAAGGACUGGAUCGAGCAGGUUCGGGACGUCGCCUACGACAUCGAGGACUGCGUCGCCGACUUAGCCCACCGCCUCGGCCGCCAGCCCCGCGGCGAGGGCCUCCUCGUCGGCCUCCGCCGCGCGUGGUACGCCAUGACCACGCUCUGGGCGCGCCGCGACAUCGCCGCCAAGAUCGUCGACCUCAAGAACCGCGCGCAGGAUGUCGGCGAGCGCCGCACGAGGUACGGCGUGCAGGACCCCAGCAGGCAGCACAACUCCGGGCGCAGGCAGAGCGGCCGAACGCCGCACCGGCCGUACACGGCCGACCACCUGCAAUCACCCAACCCGUGGCUCGUCGGCAUGACGAAGCCGGUGGGGCAGGAGCAGGCCGUCGCCAACCACGGGGAAUGGCUCGCGGAGGCGCGGGCUGACCAGAGGGUUCUCGCCAUCGUCGGGUUCGGCGGGCUCGGCAAGACGACAAUGGCGUUAGAGCUGCAGCGGAGGUUUGGGGAGAAGUUCCAGUCCCGGGCGACCGUGCAGGCAUCGCAGAAGCUGAAUCUUGAAUCGCUGCUGAGAGAUAUUCUCAAGCAGGUCAUGCCGCAGCAAGAGGCCGAGCGGAAAGGUGACGCCCGCGGCGGCGGCGCCGCCACCGCAGAGAGCCGUACUGAUGGGAUGCAGAGGUGGACCGUGAAGCAGCUUAAGGAGAAGCUCAAAACACAACUCGAGCAAAAGAGGUACUUUCUCCUAGUGGAUGAUGUAUGGUCUGUGUCUUCAUGGAUAAAUAUAUGGGAAUCUUUGCCUAAAAAUCAAAAUGGUAGUAGCAUAGUGGUGACUACAAGGUUCAAGUCUGUGGCCAACACCUGCAGCCAUCAACAAGGUCGUAUCCAUAUGCUUAAGCCACUCUCUUAUGAGGAGUCCAAAAAGCUGUUCUUUGAGAUUAUUCAAGAUCAAGAUCCGGGGGAGACCAAAAACACAACUGCUAAAUCAAAAAUCAACAAAGAUGAGCCCCAAGAUACUUUGGGGGAUGAUUCCAAAAGAACCAAUGAGUCAAAUGAUACCCAAGAGGAUUAUAGAAACACUAAGAAACAGUCCAAAAACAGCAGGGAGGAGUUGUCAAGCAACAUCAAUGGAGAAGAGUCCAAAAGCACUGAGGAUUCAGAUGAAUUUGUGAAACUCAAGGAGGAUAUUAUAAGGAACUGUGGAGGUCUUCCAUUGGCUAUAGUUGUAGUAGCAGGGCUCCUAGCCCGAAGAGACCUAAACAAUGUGAGCCAUUGGAAAACAGUGAAAGAAUCUCUAACCUCAGAAUUGGACAAGAACCUAAACCCUGAGGGAGUGACACAAAUUCUUAAUCUAUGCUACAACGACUUGCCAGCUGAUCAGAAAAAUUGUUUGUUGUACUUGAGCAUAUUCCCAAAGGGUUGCAGCAUAAACAGGAGGCGUUUGACAAGGCGAUGGAUAGCUGAAGGUUUCAUUGUUGAGAAGGAUGGGAAAACUGUUGAGGAAGUUGCUGAGGACACCUUUAAUGAGCUCAUCAGCAGGAAUAUAGCUCGGCCAGUGGACCAUAGCAGGAACGGAAAUGUGAAGGCUUGUCAAGUUCAUGAUAUGAUCCUUGAAUAUAUUCUGUUUAAGUCAAGUGAAUGGAAUUUCAUCACUGUAGUUGGAGGCCACUGGCUCACACCAACACCAAGCAACAAAGUUCGCCGCCUGUCACUGCAUAGCAGCAAUCCAGAGGAUGCAAGAGGUAAAAUAGAAACCAUGAACUUGUCGCAUGUCCGGUCAUUAACAGUGUUUGAGAAUUUACACCAGCUGCCUUCUUACUCAUUGAAGUCUGGAAUACUGCAGGUGCUGGAUCUGGAAGGUUGCAAGAGCUUAAAUACUAGUCAGCUGGACAAAUUGUGUAAGAUGUUUCAUUUGAAAUAUCUGAGCCUACGCAGGGCAUACAUCAAGAAGCUCCCAGCAGAAAUAGGAAAACUUCAAUAUUUGGAGACACUGGAUAUUAGGGAGGCAGACGUGGUGGAGUUGCCUUUAUCUGUUGGGAGGCUCCAAAAAAUGGUCCAUCUGCUUGGUGGCAAUAAAUCCACCCGUCGUGCCUUGAAAUUCACUGAAGUAAUUGCAAAGAUGACAGCAUUACAGACACUGUCAGGGAUUGAAAUAAGUAAAAGCUCAACUCCAGACCUUGGAAGCAUGCAUAACCUCACCAAACUGAAGAAGUUAAGUAUCCUCAAUAUUGAAGACCUUCAUGACAACAACCAGAAGUAUGAUGAUUUACUCUCUGCCAUUGAGUACCUUUGUGGCUUCUCACUAAAGUCUCUCGCAAUUGAUGAUGGUUUCACUGGCUUUCUUGAUUCAAUUGAGGAUCUAUCCACUCCUCCAAAAUACAUCCACUCACUUGAGCUUUCUGGCAAACUGACUCGUGUACCAGGAUGGAUCAAGGAGCUGGAAACUCUUGAGAAGUUAACUUUGUCAUUGACUUCACUGGGGACAGAUAUGUUGCUAGUUCUUUCCCAGCUUCCUUUGUUGUUUUCUCUCACAUUUUCAGUAAAUGCAAAAGGACAGGAUCGCAAUGUCGUGGAGAUUCUUCAUAAGAACACAAUGGAUUUAGGAGGCAAGAUCUUUGUUCCGGCUGGUGGAUUUAGGAGUCUUAAACUACUCAGGUUCUCAUCACCGGUGAUGCCACUGCUGAGCUUCCUAGAAAGGGCAGUGCCGGAGCUUCAAAGAGUAGAGCUACAGUUCAGGCUACUGGAAGGUGCUUAUGGUCUGGAGAACCUUAAAAGUCUUCAACAAGUGCAUCUUAGAGUCAGUCAGCAGGCUUCCGAAGCUACCAAGGUGAAGGUGUCUGAUAUCAGGACUUCAGUAAGUAAGCAUCCAAAUAACCCCACAGUGGUAGCUGAUGAGUACUAUGAAUGAUCAACGCUGAAAGAUUGUUAUAUUUUUCAUUUCAUCCUGUAAGCAGCAGUGUUUCCAAGAAGCUGUGUUGUGUGAACAUGUUUUUCUUUGAAAGACCUUUGUGUGAACAUGUUAUUUUUGAGUUUGCAUAAUAGCCCCAUUAGUGGGCUGACUGUAUUGUUGGCAAAACCUAAACCAAGUUCUGAUAAGUGUCCCAGUUGCUGUA